UCAGGUUUGGAACGACAUGAGGGUGGGGAUGUCAUAUGGAGCUGUGCAGAGACAGACAGGGACAAUGAGACAUCGGUUUGAUAGCUGACUUGAGCGUGCAUUCUGGCUGAAAUGGAGGACACAGAGGUCCGACAACAGAAGCUGGACAAUCAGCAUUCGCUUUUAAUCAAGAAACAACAAAGAAGAAGGGCAGAUGCCCGGAUGAUCACAGCGAAUCAUGACAUCCGUCCCAAGACUCGCAAACAGAAAGCUGAGUCUGACGAUACAGCUUUAUUGAUAAGCCAAUCUCAGAGCAACAUUUCCCUCAGUGACACACAGCCUGAGCAGAUUUACGAAAACACGGUGGAAGAGAUUUGUUUAGGAGAGCUGACCAUUUCAUCCAGGACAGAAGAGGCUUCUGAAGAGGUUGCUCAAUCUGUUCCGGUCAUCACUAAGAGAAUCGAUCUAGAGAUCAGUCCACAGCACAGUGCUAAAUGCACUUUAGACACAGAAGGCCAGGCAGAUGGAAAGAAAACUAAGAAGAAGGGUGUUAAAAAAGGGCAAACAAAAUUACUUGAGGCCAAACCUGCAUUAGACGUGGAGGAAAAUGAGGGGAAAGAGAAAAAAACAGUGAAGAAGAAGGCUAAGACAAACAAAUCUAAGGAGAAAGUGAAGACAGAGGAACAGUCUUCAAUUCAGACCGAUUCAGUUGUGGAAAUCAACAUUAAUGAAGAGAAAAAACCUGAACCAGAGAGCGAGGAUGAAACAAAAGACUGGACAAAGAGCCCCGUCCCUCCAACACCAAAGAAAAAACAACAUCCCAAACCAAUGAGAUGUCAUCUCAGUGACAGUGAGGAAGAAAAAGAGGACAAAGAGGAGGAGGACAAAAAGAGGGAAGCUAAAAAUACAUCAAAGAAGUCUAAAAAAGGAGCAAAAAAUGAUGACACUAUUGCUUCUUUAAACUCAAACUAUAAGGAGCCUUCCUCUGAUAGUGAAUCUUUGGACAUGGGAAAAUCCUCUCCGAUGUCUUUGGAGGAUCUGGAACAGUUUGCCAUGUGUCCUGCUCCAAGAGAUGUGACUAUUCAGUGCAGGAUCACCAGAGACAGGAGGGGAGUGGAGAAAGGCAUCUUUCCCACAUAUUACCUCCAUAUGGAAAAGGAGGAUGGGAAAAGGGUCUUUCUGAUGGCUGGCAGGAAAAGAAAGAAGUGCACAACCUCGAAUUAUUUGAUAUCAAUCGAUCCUACCGAUUUAUCCAGAGAUACUGAGAGCUACAUAGGCAAACUAAGAUCAAAUGUCUUGGGGACUAAAUUCACCGUGUAUGAUAAUGGCGAGAAUCCAGAAAGGAAACCAUUCAUUAAAGAAACGGAUACGCUGCGACAAGAGCUAGCAGCAAUAUGUUAUGAGAAAAAUGUUUUGGGUUUCAAAGGACCUAGAAAAAUGACAGUAAUUAUUCCUGGUAUGCAUGAGAAUGAUGAGAGAGUUGUUAUUCAACCAAAAAGUGAGCUGGAGUCUCUGCUCACCCGAUAUGAGAAUGGAAACAAAGAGAAUCUUGUCACCCUUGUAAAUAAAUCACCCAGCUGGAAUGAGCAAACUCAGUCAUAUGUGCUGAAUUUUCAUGGCCGAGUUACUCAGGCAUCUGUGAAAAACUUUCAAAUUGUCCAUCUAGAUAAUGUGGACUACAUUGUGAUGCAGUUUGGGCGGGUAGCUGAAGAUGUGUUUUCCAUGGACUACAGCUUUCCCAUAUGUGCUCUCCAGGCAUUUGCCAUCACUCUGUCUUCCUUUGAUGGCAAACUGGCUUGUGAAUGAGCGUCAUUCAUCAGUAUUUUCUGUCCUUUCAAAAAGGGAAACUUAGCGUUCAUUUAAGAUUUGAAUGUUCUUGCAGUCAUUUUAAUGAACUUUAGAUUUUUGCUAUUAUCCACAAAUUACAAUGUACAGUAGAUCAUUUAUCAGUUGUACUAAUUAUGAUUCUACAAUUAGACAUGCAUGAAUUUAUUUUGUAUUUA